CUGACACGCUUGCCUCCUCUUAGCUUGUAGGCACCAUCAAGCGCAAGCCUGCGAGCGCGCCCGAUGGCCGCACCGAUGACGAGGCACGCGGGACCGAAAUGGUCAAGGACACGAGCAUCCUCCACGACCUCACCCACCUCCGGGGCAAGGACGCGCUGAUGCUCGCCCAUGCGCUCAAGGAUCUCUCAGCGGGCGAGCCCCUCAACGACCGGGACCUGCUGCUCGAGCACGGCGUCUCGAUGCUGCAGAGUCUUCCGUCCAACUCGGGCCUUUCUCAUGCGAUCAGCAACGGCUUCAUCGGGAUGCUGUGGAAGGAUCUGCCUCAUCCACCCGGGACGACUGUGGGCCCCCAGGCCAUCUAUCGCUCGGCCGACGGGAGCGGCAAUGUGCCUUGGAACCCGGACAUGGGCAAGGCAGGCUCACCCUACUCGCGGACGGUCCCGCCAAUGACGCCCAAGAGCCCCUUCCUGCCCGACCCAGAGCUCGUGUUUGACCAGCUGCUGCGACGGAGGUCAUUCACCGAGCACCAGUCUGGCCUUAACCGCCUCUUUUUCAGCUUUGCCACGGUGGUCAUCCAUGAAUGCUUCCAAUCCGAGCACGGCAGGCCCUGGAUCAACCAGACGUCGAGCUACGUCGACUUGUCGACACUCUACGGCAACAAUCAGGAAGAGCAGAACCGGGUGCGGACAUUUGAAAACGGCCGCAUCCACCCAGACACGAUUGCGUCUGACCGCAUCAUGAUGAUGCCGCCCGGUGUCGUCGCCGUCCUGAUGCUCUUUUCGCGCCACCACAACCACAUCGCCGAGCGGCUGUCGAGCAUCAACGAGCAGGGCAAGUACAAGCCUUGGGUGGGACUGAGCGACACGGAGCAAAAGUGGCAGGACAACGACAUCUUCCAGCUGGCGCGCAACAUCAACGUUGCCUUUUUCGCAAAAGUCGUCCUGACCGACUAUGUCAGCGCCAUCCUCAACACCGUCCGGGCCAACACGGACUGGCAUCUCGAGCUGGGCGCCGAGAUCAAGGAGCUCGGUGGCAGCCGCCUCGAGCGCGGCACGGGCAACGUCGUCAGCUGCGAGUUCAACGUCCUCUACCACUGGCACGCUGCCCUGAGCGCAGCCGACGAAAAGUGGAUGCAGGACACCAUCAAGGCAGAGUACCCCGACAUUGACCCCGACGACGUCACGGCGCCGCAGUUUAUGGCCAUGGCCAAGAAGCACAAGGCCACCCUGGACGCCAUCCCGCCGAGCCAGUGGACGUUUGGCGGGCUCAAGCGCGGCGACGAUGGCCACUUCAACAGCGAGCAGCUCGGCGAGCUGAUCAAGAACUGCAUCGAGGAGCCUGCGCACGCCUUUGGCGCCCGCGGCACGCCCAGCUGCAUGAAGGUCAUUGAUGUGCUCGGUCAGCUGCAGGCCCGCAACGUGUUCAACGUGUGCACGAUGAACGAGUUUCGCAAGUACCUCAACCUCAAGCCGUUUGACUCGUUUGAAGAGUGGAACCCCGACAAGGACGUCGCCGCCGCCGCCGAGAAGCUCUAUGGCCACGUGGACCAGCUCGAGCUGUACCCGGGCCUGCUGGCCGAGGAGGCCAAGCCCAACAUGCCCGGCAGCGGCGUCAUGCCCGGCCACACCAUCGGCCGCGGCAUCCUCGACGACGCGGUGGCCCUCGUGCGCGGCGACCGGUUCCUCACCUACGACCUCAACUCGUCGACGCUCACCAACUGGGGCCUCUCGCAGCUGGUGCCUGUGCCCGGCGCCUACGGUGGCUUCUUUGCCCACCUCCUCUUCCGCGGCCUGCCCUACGCGUGGGGCCGCGGCUACAGCAGCUACAGCCUGCUGCCGUUCUACACGCCCAAGUCGGUCCGCCACAUUCUCUCCAAGAACAAGGUGCUGGACAAGUACGAAACGGACCGGCCGGCGCCCACGCUCAAGCUCCACGGCAUCCACUCGUUUAGCGCCUGCAAGGCUGCCUUUCACGACCGCGACACCUUCCGCGUCUUUUACGACCGCAACCUGCAGCCGCUCACGGCGCGCGCCGGCUUCUUUCUCGGCUACGACGACCACGCGCGCCACGACCCCAUGAAGAGCACCAUGCACGAGGCCUUUUUCGAGCCGGGCUUCGAGGCCCACGUCCGCGACUUUUUCCGCAAGCACACUGCCGCCGCCAUCCAGCAGAGCUCGCUCUCGUUUGACCGCGCCAAGGACAAGCGCCGCCACCAGCUCAACGUCGUCCGCGACGUCUUCAACAAGGUCCCCGUCCUCUGGGUCGCCGACAAGUACGCGAUCCCGCUCAAGACGGCCACCACACCCCACGGCCUCCUCUCGCCCUUUGAGCUGCAUGCGCUCCUCACGGCCCUCUUCAUCUACUCGUCCUUUGACAUUAUCCCCCACGCCGCCUGGGUCCUGCGCCAGGCCGCCGAGCAGUUUGGCCCGCUGAUGCGCAAGAUCCUGGCCGCGCGCAUGGCCAUCAACUCGGGCGUGCGCGAAAAGGUGCACGACAUCUUUGCCAAGGGCACCGCCUACGAGGUCAGCGAGCAGGCCGACCACCUGUACCACACGCUGAUCAAGAAAAAGGUGCCGACGGACAAGGCCGUGGGUGCGCUCCUGGGCACCAUGAUUCCCAUUGCGGGCAACCAGACGCAGCAGGCCGGCUUGCUCCUCGACCUCUUUCUCACCCCUGGCUACGAGUACGCAAAGGACCGCAUCGUCGAGCUGGCGGCGCGCGACGACGACGACGCCGACGCCGAGGAGGAGCUCGAAAUGUGGGUCUGGGAGGGCAUGCGUGUCGCCGGCGUCGUGCCUGGCCUGCCACGCAUGGCCGCCCGCGACGUGACGGUGCCCGACGGCGACGGCGGCCGCACCGUCGACAUCAAGGAGGGCGAGCAGGUCAUCCUGGCCACCAGCAAGGCCCACCUCGACCCGGCCCAGUUCCCCGACCCGCUGCGGCUCGACCCCAAGCGCGACAGGAAGAGCUACAUCCUCAUGGGCUCUGGCCUGCACCUCUGCUUUGGCGCCCGGCUCGUGGCGCCGAGCAUCGUUGCGAUGCUGCGCGAGGUGUUCAAGCUCAAGAAUGUCCGCCGCGCGCCCGGCAUGCCCGGCCGCUUCAUCAAGAUGCACGAGGAUCUGGGCCACGUCCACGAUGCCGCGCGCAUCCACCUCUACCUCGACACCAACUCGCGCGAGGGCCCCGUGCCGAGCACGCUCAUGAUCGAGUACGACGAGUGAUUCGCAGUUCACUUGGCGUCAGCACCGGACUGUCAAUGCAAUGCAAAAUAGUGUCGACUCCUUGCAAUGGCAUUGAUAUACACUACUACUAUGCGGUGUCGAAGUGGAGAUGCACCAGAGGAAUGCGCGUAAAGAGCC